AUGUCGCACACGGUAACCAUUACGAGGACAACUACCACGUCCACUGGCCACGCGCUAUUCGUCCACAGCGGUUACUUGGGCACACUGCCGGGCCUACUCAAACUCGCUCAGCUGCUGCUGGGAGCGGCGUGUGUGGGAGUCGUUGGAUAUUACCUGGAGCCCGGUUUUUACCGCUCCGGUGGUCAAAAACCCGAGCUUUUCUACCUGCUGGUUUCGGUGUCAUGUCUCAUCGGCACGUUUUGUCUUCUCACCUCAUGUUUAGUGUCGCUAUCCACCGCUCAAUUAAUAUCCAAAAGUGUUUUUGAAGUGAUACAUCAUGGCGUGGCAUUCAUACUAUAUUUAGCAGCAGGACUUACCCUUAUUAUUGAAGUAAAUCAUCAGAAAAGCAGUUAUCGUAAUGAUUAUGAGCCGUAUUUAGCAGCUGCGGUUAUGGGUCUAGUCAUGGCAGGGCUGUAUCUUCUAAGUACUUUCUUAGCAAACCGUUCCUACCGUGGAUUC